CCGGUAAAGAGUGAAGAAAGUCCUGCCCAGCUGUUUGCGAACUUUUUAAGAUUUCCUGUUUCCCCCUCGGGCAGGGCUGCAGCGGAGGGGAGUGAGUCACACGCACUCCCAGAAGCAGCUGAGCUGCAGCCGCCGCCACAGCCUCCGCCGGGGCCCCUCUCUCUUCUCGCCCCCCUCCCCCCCGUUUUGCCGCCCCCCUCAGAAGAGCCCGGGCUCUCCCUCUCUGCCUAGGUGUCGGCAAAACGGAUUGGCCAUGAGCUGGCUUCCCAAGCGCGUUUUGUUGUGGGCUCUCCUCAACUGCACCGCUCACCCGCUGAUUCGGGUUACAGCUGAAGGUCACGCAACUAAGAUGCUUCAUGGUGCAGUCCCACUGCGUGGACUCUGCAAGUUUUGUGAUGUUAGGUCAACCACCUGCACAAAUGAAGGGCAUUGUCUCAGCGAUUGCAAUAUCACUUCCAUCUGUGAAAAUGCAACUGAAGUAUGCGCAGCAGUAUGGAGGAAGAACGAUGAAAAUAUAACCUUGGAAACAAUAUGUCACGAUCCCAAAGAAAAGCUUCAUGGGCACAAACUGGAUGACUCCAAUUCAAAGAGCUGUGUGAUGAAAGAAGUGAAGGGAGACGGUGGAUUGAUGUUCAUGUGCUCCUGCAACGAAGAAGAAUGCAAUGAUAAGCUUAUUUUUUCAAACAAAACCCCCUCACCUAUAGAUGAAUGGAAAGAUGUGAUUUCUAAAGUUGCAAUGAUAAGCCUUGUCCCGUUGCUUGUGGUGACAGUUGCUGUGAUUCUCAUCUUUUACUGCUACCGUAUUCAGAGGAGAAGGAAAAUCAACAAGGCAUGGGAGAAGAACAUGAAGCCCAAGAAACAUAAAGACUGUAGCGAUGUUUGCGCCAUCAUGUUAGAUGAUGACCGUUCCGACAUCAGUUCUACUUGCGCCAACAACAUUAACCAUAAUACUGAACUGUUGCCCAUUGAGUUAGACACCCUUGUGGGCAAAGGGAGGUUUGCAGAAGUCUAUAAAGCAAAACUGAAGCAAAAUACAUCAGAACAGUUUGAAACAGUGGCUGUCAAGAUCUUCCCUUAUGAAGAAUAUGCAUCUUGGAAGACUGAAAAAGACAUCUUCUCAGACAUAAACCUGAAGCAUGAGAACAUCCUUCAGUUCUUGACAGCAGAGGAGCGCAAAACUGAUUUAGGCAAACAGUACUGGUUGAUCACUGCUUUCCACUCAAAGGGAAACUUGCAGGAAUACCUCAUAAAACACAUCAUUAGCUGGGAAGACCUUUGGAAACUGGGUGGCUCUUUGGCUCGUGGAAUUGCCCACCUUCACAGUGACCAUACGCCUUGCGGCCGACCCAAGACCCCUAUUGUCCACAGAGAUCUAAAGAGUUCCAAUAUCCUGGUGAAAAAUGAUUUAACAUGCUGUCUCUGUGACUUUGGGCUAUCUUUGAGGCUGGACCCUACUCUCUCGGUAGAUGAUCUAGCUAACAGUGGACAGGUUGGCACAGCAAGGUACAUGGCUCCUGAAGUCCUGGAAUCCAGAAUGAACUUGGAUAAUGUGGAGUCCUUCAAGCAGACUGAUGUUUAUUCCAUGGCUUUGGUUCUCUGGGAAAUGACCUCUCGCUGCAAUAGUGUUGGAGAGGUGAAAGACUAUGAACCACCAUUUGGAUCAAAGGUGCGAGAACAUCCUUGUGUGGAAAGCAUGAAGGACAAUGUUUUGAGGGACAGAGGGCGACCGGAGAUCCCUGGCUCAUGGCUCAACCACCAGGGCAUCCAGAAAGUCUGUGAGACUCUUGUAGAGUGCUGGGACCAUGAUCCCGAGGCCCGUCUCACUGCGCAGUGUGUAGCCGAGCGGUUCAAUGAUCUGGAAUACCAGGACACGCUAUCGGGAAGAAGCAGCUCAGAAGAGAAGAUUCCAGAGGACAGCUCUGUGAGCAGUGCCAAGUAGCAACAAAUACAAACUUGCAUAAAUUCACAACAGGAGAAGACCCUGGUCUUUAUUCUUGGAUACACUUUCCUGAGGCAUUGCGAAAUCCUGCCUCUCCCUUAUUUCUGCUUCUCCCAAUAAAAGUUAUUAUUUUAUGGGAAGCAAUAAUGGGGCAUGGUGUCUUGCCACAGCAGUGGGCACCCUGACUAUGUCAUAGUAUAAGCUGUGUUGUUGUUUCCUUACAAAACAAGAUUGUACAACAUGCCAAUAAUAUUUGCACUUUAUCAAUGCCUGUACAUAACUAUGGAAGAGCAAGUGAUACAUACGCACACACAGCAAAGCUCUGCAAGGUGUCAUCCAGGAAUCUAACUAUAGGUAAGACAAUCCAACAAGGGAUGAUUGGGAUGUCUGCCGACACCCUGGCAGCGGCAGUGCCUUAUGUGCCUCACCUAAAGCAAAAGGAGAGUGGGAAGGUGGUGCUAAACAACAAAUACUGUACGCAGUUGCACUUCUGUUGUGCAGUUGAGAGGCAAAUGAUAGGGUUGCAUUGGGUUGGCUGUGUUAGAACCCUCAUUAGCACAUUUGUUAUAACUUUGCAAUGAUGUUUCAGCUGGUUCUUGAACAUCCAGAGUGUGCAUAUUCAGCUGGGUCUAAUUUUCUACAUAACCUCCUGUGAUUUAGAACUGGGGAGUGGAUCAGGGAAUGCUUUUUGUUCCUGUAGAGAGGACUGUUAAUUCAUUCUCUCUUUCUUUGAGCUUGCACUUCAUGUCAGCGGCCUUCCCAACUGGGGGGAGGGAGGCUUCCCUGCUUAAUGAAAUCAGGCAGGGUCAAUUAGAAUUGGAACAGAUGUUUUGCAUUUGCUGUGCAUUCUGACACCAAGUGGGACUUCUCCCUCCCCCCGCCCCCUUUCUGGGAUCAGUAACAUCAUGUCUAGCUUCUUGAGCCCAUUAAGUUCACACUUGAUUUCAUGGCCGGUGCCUUAGAAGAGGAACAGCACAUGAUGCCGAGGAAAAGAUUUGCUACACUCUGCAGGCAUGUUUCAGUCUCUUUUAACUUGAAUUCUAGUCUCCCAAGACUGCAGUCAUUCAAGACUGCUGGCAAUACAAGUGCAUUCCUAAACUUGAUCCCCACAAGGCAUGGCUUACAUUCUUUCAGUCUUCCAAAAUAUUUGGAUUUGGAGCUGGCCUCUCAAGGAAUUUUAACUGAUGGAAUUUCGACAGUCAGUGCUUCCCUGCUCGAUUGUCAGGGUCUCUGAGUUUUGGAGCUCAUGCCAGCUUUCAGGAUCAAAGAGUUUGUCAUCAAGUGCCUUCAGUCCCUUUUCAAAACAAGGAAUUUGUUACCAACACAUAAUUAAACUGCUCAGCCCCAGAAACAAUCCAACAAAGUUAAAAGAUUUAUAUAAAGUGCAAUGCUAAAUCUUUUUUUAUCAUAUAGGACACUGAUUUUUUUUUCUAGGAGUGAUUACUUUGUAUAGUCCAUAAGGGAAAAUGUAUAUUCACAUAGGAGUUAAAAAAUUUAUGAUGAAAAUAUUUAUUUUAAAAAAAAAUGCUUUUUGCAUUUGCUUUUAUAUUACAAAGAAAUAUUUAAGCAUUAAGAGGCCAGGAGAUCAAAAAUUAAAAUGAAAUUCCAACCAUGCUGUCAUUUUAAUAGCAACAGACUGUCUGAACUGUGGAGCUUACUGGCAAAGUAGGAUUAUAGUGGGAUAAAGAGAACGUUCCUGAACAGAGCUAGGAUCUUGUGACCUCUAGUGGUGGUUUCUCAGGGUAGCACGUUGGACAAUAACUGCAGAGGCAAAAGAAACUUUACCACCAACUGGAACAUGGGGUGUAUGAACUCUUAAAAUCUAAACCAAUAGUUUCAAAAUCUGUUUGACUGUUAUGCCUUCCCUCAUGAGCUGGGUGAUCUCCGUUCAAUGAGGACACUGGGACUUUAAAAAAAAUUAUUUCCUUGUCAUAGAACUACAAUUUCCAGAAUCCCUUAGUAAAUAGCUGUGAAAGUCAAACAAGUUUGAAACUGAUCUAAAUUUCUGGCAUAGGUAUGUGUUGGACCUUCACUUCGGGGUUGUGUUAUUCUUGAUGUUUCUCAUGACGUGGCAAAGAGUGAGAGAAUCCAACAGCUCCUGACACAAGUGUUGACAACAUUUUGUACAAUUAUAUGUAAUGGGAAAUGUUAAUUCCUCCGUGGAACACUACCAUUGUGCAACAUGUAUGAAAAUAGGAAUGUGAACAUGUAAUCUUGCUUUUUCCAAAUGUUUCAAGCACUUACAAUAUUUUUAUAUAAAUAAAAUGUUUUAGAUGAA